UUCUGUCACACACAGUGUCAGUCACACAGUUUCACUGGAGCUGUUAACUUCAGGAACUCAUUUUCUCUGUGGAUACCUCGUCCUCCUCACUUGAUGAGCCCUUUCUUUAGCUGUUGAUUUGAACACAUUUUAUUAAGAGGUUAACAUAUUGCUGCCGAGCUAAAUCACCUGUGGACUCUAAUUUUGUUAUCACAUCUGCCGGACAUUUUCUUUAACGCCUGGUAAAAAUGUCCCACCCCAGCACUCUGGAUUUAGACAGAUACAGCAGCUUGGAGAAAUCUCGUCGCUCUACUGGCCGCAGCCAGCCCAGGGCUGAGGCCAAGCCCGGGGAAGUCCUGUGUGACUUCUGCACAACACGGAAGCAGAGGGCUGAGAAGUCCUGCUUGGUGUGUCUGGCAUCUUACUGCGAGACCCACCUCCAGUCUCACUAUGAGUACCCUGCCAUGAUGAAGCACAAACUGGUCAAAGCUACAGGCCAGAUGAGAGAGAAGAUCUGUGCACAGCACGACAAGCUUCUGGAGGCUUUUUGCCGCACUGAUCAGACAUCAGUGUGUGUCCUGUGCAUGAUGGACGAACACAAACACCACGACAUCGUCCCAGCUGGAACUGAGAGGACUGAGAAACAGAAACAACUUGGUACCACACUGCACAAAUCUCAACAGAGGAUUGACCAGAGAAUUAAAAAGUGGCAGGACCUUCGACAAGCCGUUGAAUCAGUUAAACACUCUGCUCAGACAGUCCUAGAGGAGAAUGAGCGGAUCUUCACUGAGCUUCUGCUUUCCAUCGAGAGGAAGUACAAUGAAGUCAAGGAGAUGAUCCGCUCCCAUGAGAAGACCACCGUGACACGGGGGGAGAUUCUGCUGGACCGCUUGGAGGAAGAGAUCACGCUGCUGAGGAAGAGACACACUGACCUGGAGAAGCUCUCACACACUGACGAUCACAUACACUUUCUACAGAGCUGGCAGUCUCUGUCGGGCCCCUCGGGAUACGAAGACCUCAACAACAUCAGCGUCGCUCCCUAUUACUCCUUUGAUGCUACCAAGAGAGCCAUUGCAGCGCUGAAACUACAGGUAGAAGAAGUCAGCAAGGCAGAAAUGAACAAAAUUUCAGGAACAGUGAAGGAAGUCUACAUAACACAAGAAGGUGAGACCAAGACGAGGAGGGAAUCGAUUUUGAGGGAAGGACCAAAGACAAGAGAGGAACCAAAGACAAGAGAAGAUUUCAUGAAGUACUCUUGCCAGCUGAUUCUGGAUGUCAACACUGUCCACCCCAACCUUCACCUCUCCGAGGGCAACCGAACAGCUACGAUGAAGAAUGAGCCGAAGAACUACCCCAACCACCCAGACCGAUUCGACCACUGGCAGCAGAUAUUGUGCAAGGAGAGCGUGAGUGGGGCUCGUUGUUACUGGGAGGUGGACUGGAAAGGAACAGAGAUAGACAUUGCCGUUACUUACAGGGGAAUCCGCCGUAAAGGAAAUGGCAACGAAUGCAGCCUGGGCUGGAACGACAAGUCCUGGAGUCUGUACUGCUCUGACUCCAAAUUCUCCUUUGUGCACAACAAUAAGAGCAAAGACAUUCCAGCUCCAAUGUCAUCUCGUAUUGGCAUCUACCUGGAUCAUGCAGCAGGAACACUUGCAUUUUACAGUGUCUCUGAUAGCAUGAAGCUUCUGCACAGAGUCCAGACCACAUUCACAGAGCCCCUCUACCCUGCAUUCAGUGUGUGGGGCUUUGGUACUAGCAUAAGACUGUAGGAGAGUUGCCAAAGUGCCAGUAAUUGGCAUAGAAUUUAUGCAAUAUUAUAAAUAUUGCUGUGAAAUUUGAAACAGGGUAUUUCAUUAGUUCUGGUUUGGUUCACUUUUUGAUUAAAGUUAUUUUUUCCCUCAUGAACUAUUUGAGAAAUAUUUUGAACAAUCCAACUCAUCAGUUUUUGUUCUUUUGAUCACUCUUGUUGCUAUGGGGCAAUCUACUCUGAAAAAAAAUGUUAGUUUUAACUAGAAAGAAAAUGCAACAAUUGAUUAUCAUGUCAUUUUUUUGAUGUCUCAUAUAUUUUUCUUUAUCAUGUUAACCCAUGUAAUAUUUACAUAACUGGUUAUAAAUGCUGUCUGUGAAAUUAAACGGUAGUUUCUAAAAUCCUGAAGUUAUCACUGAUU